GAACGGCGAACGAAGCGACGAUUGCACCAUGAGAGCCAAGUGGAAGAAGAAGCGUAUGAGGAGACUAAAGAGGAAGCGCCGAAAGAUGAGACAGCGAUCCAAACAGCAACAGUUGAACAAAGUAAAACCGAUACCAACUCCAACUGUGAAAUCAACGGGGACUAUCGUCUCGCUCGAGAAUAGCUCUACAGGCUCGGACUCUGCGAUCUUGCCUCCCUCUAAUGGUGUCCCGUGUUUGAGAUGCAAGAGCGUGUCCACACAAUUGGGUCGUUCAUAUUCUUACACAAGUCUCAGAUCCAAAUCGGCCAGGAGAGAUCCACAAGACCAUCUCCAUGACGUCAACCAAAGUCCUACACCGUCUAUGUACCAGACAGUGUUGGUUGGACGUACGAAGAAACCUUACUUGAUCAGUAAGCAACACCUGAAGCACCCUCUGCUCAACGCUCUCGUUGAGAAGCAACAGAGAUACGAAGAAGACGAUAAUGAAGAUGGAAGUUGUAUAAUCACGGUGAAAUGUGAGGUCGUUUUGUUCGACCAUCUUCUGUGGAUGCUCGAGAACGGUGACCAGAGUCACAUAUUGGAGUCUCUAGAUGACUUUGCUCAUCUCUAUCUCUCCCCUUGAUUAGGUUUAAACUUGUUUUUUUUUUUGUUUUUCAUUACAAGUUUCACUUGCUUAUCGUUUUUCGUAUUAAACUUUUAAUCCUUGU